UAGUAGUCUGGGGGACUCGUUCUCCAGUAGUAGUCUGGGGGACUCGUUCUCCGGUCGUAGUCUGGGGGACUCGUUCUCCGGUCGUAGUCUGGGGGACUCGUUCUCCGGUCGUAGUCUGGGGGACUCGUUCUCCGGUCGUAGUCUGGGGGACUCGUUCUCCGGUCGUAGUCUGGGGGACUCGUUCUCCGGUCGUAGUCUGGGGGACUCGUUCUCCGGUCGUAGUCUGGGGGACUCGUUCUCCGGUCGUGGUCUGGGGGACUCGUUCUCCGGUCGUGGUCUGGGGGACUCGUUCUCCGGUCGUGGUCUGGGGGACUCGUUCUCCGGUCGUGGUCUGGGGGACUCGUUCUCCGGUCGUGGUCCGGGGGACUCGUUCUCCGGUAGCGGUCCGGGGACUCGUUCUCGGUCGUGGUCUGGGGACUCGUUCUCCGACUCCGGGACUUUCUCCGCGGUCCGGGGGACUCGUUCUCCGGUAGCGGUCCGGGGGACUCGUUCUCCGGUAGCGGUCCGGGGGACUCGUUCUCCGGUAGCGGUCCGGGGGACUCGUUCUCCGGUAGCGGUCCGGGGGACUCGUUCUCCGGUAGCGGUCCGGGGGACUCGUUCCUCCGGUAGCGGUCCGGGGGACUCGUCCUCCGGGAGCGGUCCGGGGGACUCGUCCUCCGGUAGCGGUCCGGGGGACUCGUCCUCCGGUAGCGGUCCGGGGGACUCGUCCUCCGGUAGCGGUCCGGGGGACUCGUCCUCCGGUAGCGGUCCGGGGGACUCGUCCUCCGGUAGCGGUCCGGGGGACUCGUCCUCCGGUAGCGGUCCGGGGGACUCGUCCUCCGGUAGCGGCGGUCCGGGGGACUCGUCCUCCGGUAGCGGCGGUCCGGGGGACUCGUCCUCCGGUAGCGGCGGUCCGGGGGACUCGUCCUCCGCGGCGGUCCGGGGGACUCGUCCUCCGGUAGCGGCUGUCCGGGGGACUCGUCCUCCGGUAGCGGCUGUCCGGGGGACUCGUCCUCCGGUAGCGGCUGUCCGGGGGACUCGUCCUCCGUCCGGGGACUCGUCCUCCGGUAGCGGUUGUCCGGGGGACUCGUCCUCCGGUAGCGGUUGUCCGGGGGACUCGUCCUCCGGUAGCGGUUGUCCGGGGGACUCGUCCUCCGGUAGCGGUUGUCCGGGGGACUCGUCCUCCGGUAGCGGUUGUCCGGGGGACUCGUCCUCCGGUAGCGGUUGUCCGGGGACCUCGUCCUCCGGUAGCGGCUGUCCGGGGGACUCGUCCCUCCGGUAG